AGCAACGUUUUUAAAAGUCCCGCCCCUCAUGCCGCUCCCUCACGCCGCUCCCUCACGCCCCUCCUCUCCUCUCUCACCUGCCCUCACACCGCCCCUCACACCGCCCUCACGCCGCUCCCCGCCUCUCUCACCUGCCCUCACGCCGCUCCGCCUCUCACACCUCCCUUCAGAGCGCUUCCCGCCCCUGACUAUCGGCUUCGUACCGCCCCUCACACCGCUCCCCGCUCUCAGGACCCUGCCCCGCCCCGCCCCGCGCGCUCCGAACCGCCGAAGGCGCUGCCGCUCGGGUCGGUGCGCGGUUUCGUGGUCCUGCCCUGGCCUGCCCCGCUUGGUUCCCGGCGCUCCCGGUUCCGCCAUGGCGCUGAGGAAGAGUGUCCCGCCGGGCCGCCGCCCUCCCGCAGUUAAAGCUGGAGGUAUGAGAGUGUCUAAAAAGCAAGAAAAUGGACCUGUUGAGAAAAAUGCUAAACUUCCAGGAAAAGAAAAGUCAAGUGCUAUUGUCAGUUUUACAAAACCUCAGAACAUGGGAGUCUUGGUAGCAGAAGCACUGAAUAAAAUGAGCCACAAAAUCCAUGCAGCAACAUUACAAGUGGCUCACCAAAAGCCACAACCUACCUUGGAGAAGUUCAUACUGCCUAAAAGAAUUUACAUUAUUCAACAGCCACGGAAAUGUUAAGAUAAUCAGUAAAACACUUAUGUUUACUUAAAAGUGAGUUUCGAUUCUAUAUGGCACGUAGCACACUGUGGUGAAGUGCUCAAAAGUUGUGUGCCUUGUAUCUUGCUGUGUUUCUGUUACUGACAAUAAAAUAUGAGAAGAGUUACUAAAUGUA